UUCACUCGCUUUCCGUCCGCAUCCGGUCCCGUCUUUUCCCAAAACCCUAGUUCUUUUCCCGAGACCCAACGAAAUCCCCAAAUCUCGCAGAGAUCAUGCCCGACGUCCAAGCCCUCGUUAACGACUUCGUACUCAAGCUCAAGCGCCGUAAGAUCGAGGGAUCGCAUGCGAGCGCGAGGCAGACGGCGGAGCUGCUGCGAUCGGUGGUGUCGCAUCAGCGGAUGCCGCACACUAACCAGGCGGCGGCGCUGAUCGAUGCCGUCAAGGGCGUCGGCGAGCUGCUCAUCGCUGCUAAUACUGUGGAGCUUGCUGUUGGUAACAUUGUCAGGCGUGUUUUGCACAUCAUCAGAGAGGAAGAUCUAUCGUCCACUGCAACUGCAAUUGGAGGACUCAGCUUGACUGCGGACAGUGAUGGUGACUAUGAAGCUGAACAUGAAGAUCAUCCAGCUUUGUCAGCUGCAUCUCUUGCUGCUUCUGCCAGAAGCACUCUUCGGGCACCCUCUUUACAAACCCUUCUUGAAGAUAUACCUGAUUCAGCUGCUGCUCCUUGUGCUUCUUCAUCUGGAGGUGAUUCUGAAGGAAGGACCAAAUCAGCCGAGAAGAGUUCGAGAAGCAAGAAGUUAAAGGGUGAUGUUAUCGAGGCUAUCAAUGAAUUGAUUCAAGACAUUGAUACUUGCCAUGAACAGAUUUCAGAACAAGCAGUUGAGCAUAUUCAUCAAAACGAGAUGAUAUUAACGUUGGGCCGUUCCAGAACAGUCAAGGAGUUCCUAUGUGCAGCGAAAGACAAGAAACGAUCUUUUCGGGUAUUUGUUGCGGAGGGUGCCCCAAGGUAUCAAGGGCAUGUUCUUGCGAAAGAGCUGGUUGGAAAAGGUUUACAGACCACUAUUAUUCCUGAUUCUGCAGUUUUUGCGAUGAUUUCUAGAGUGAAUAUGGUCAUUGUUGGAGCCCAUGCGAUCAUGGCUAAUGGUGGAGUCAUAGCACCCGUUGGUAUUAAUAUGGUCGCGCUCGCCGCUCAAAGGCAUGCUGUACCUUUUGUUGUUCUUGCUGGUAGUCACAAGUUAUGCCCUUUGUAUCCACAUAAUCCAGAAGUUCUGCUGAAUGAUCUGAAAUCACCGUCGGAGCUGCUGGAUUUCGGAGAAUUUUCAGAUUGUAUGGAUUUUGGUACUAUGGGUGGUUCUCCUCUUCUUCAUAUUGUUAACCCCGCAUUUGAUUAUGUUCCACCAAAGCUUGUCAGCCUUUUCAUUACUGACAGAGGAGGGCAUAAUCCAUCCUACAUGUACCGGCUUAUAUCAGAUUAUUACUCUGCUGAUGAUUUGGUGGUGAAGCGGAGAUCAACAUCUUAAAAUGUGGAAAAAUCAAACUUCACAUGCAUAAUAUAUAUAUGGAGCCUUGUAGCUGAGAAUCGGCAUGAGAUAUUUUAUGGUCCUGUAUCAAGUGAAAAGCAUAAUGUCCCUAGUUUUUUUAGUUCGAAGGCUGUGUUUCAGGUAAUGGUGAUUGUUUUGAAAUUCAAUUUGGUGCUGAGGCUGAAUUUUUUUUGAGGUUUUCUACAAGAUAUAGGGUGUAUCAUAGGAGAAAAUUCUGAAGCACCAUUUUAUGCAAUAAGCCAAUAAGGACUAAAAUAAUCUGUAACCAUGUCGUCUUGAGAUCAUCAUGAUUAAUCCUGUUGAUGGUUGAAGAGCAUAAAAUAUAUUCCGUUUUUUUAAUGAAAUAUAUAUGGUCUUCAUAUACUA